AUGUUGUGGCGCCACUCCGAAAACAAGCUGGACAUGGUCGAGAUGAACUCCAAGGAUCCGACCUGGCUUUCGUGGUCCAAAACCGGGCCGCAGCUAGUCAUCGGAACUGCACGAGGGAACCUCAUCAUCUACAACAAGAGGACCAUGAAGAAGCAGACGAUUAUGGGAAAGCACUCCAAGCGAAUUAGUUGCGGAGGCUGGCACUCCGACAACAUCUUCGCGACCGGCUCGGAGGACAAAACAAUCUGCCUGAGCAACGAAGAGGGGGAUCCCCUAGAAAGCGGCGGCGACUCAGAGCCCUUGAGGAUCAAAAACGAUCCCAGCAUGCUGCAAAUAGCAGACGUGAAGUCUGACGACCCGAAAGAUUCCGAACGCGAACGAGUUGUCAGCAUCGUCUUGGGGGAGGUGACGUUGUUGCUCUGCAACUUAAAAGAUCCGCAGAAGCCAACAGAGCUGGCUUUCCAACCCAAGUACGGCACAAUCAAGGCCUACAGCUGGAUUGGAGAUGGCUAUCUGGUGGUUGGCUUCUCACAAGGAUACAUAGUAGUCAUUAGCUCGCGCCUGCGGGAAAUCUCGGAGGAGCUCUCGUCCGUGAAAUAUCACCGGAACACUCUCGACUGCCUUUGUUGCAGCAAGGCUGCCGGCAAGAUUGCCUCCGCAGGGGAUGAUGGCAUCAAGCUCAUCAGCAUGAAGGACUGGACCGAGAUUCGAGGCGAAAAGAUACAAAUCCGCCCUGAGGCGAAGGUGACGCAAAUGCACUGGUCUGAUGACGGAGAGCUGCUGUCGUUCUGUACAGAGACUGGCUGGGUCUACUGCUUCUUAGCCAAGUUGUCGGCGCUCUCGGCCACCUGUAAUACGCGGCUGGCAUAUUUGACUUCGUUGAGAGAGAUGACAAUCAUUGAGGGAACGGCUGACACGGAGAACAAGGUGGUCCUCCAAACUGACGUGGAGCCUGCUUUUGUGGCCCUGGGUCCUUCUCACUUAGCGACAGGAAUGAACAACCGAAUAUGGUUCUAUUCCUGCACGGAUCAAGCAGCCGUCGAGAAGGUCAACGAGCAGGAGUACAUCGGCAGCGUGGAGAGCGUGAGCUUGAAUGCAACCCAUGCUUGCGUCUUGAUCGACGGCCGUGUGUACCUGCACCAGAUCGAGCCCCGCAGCGGUGACGGGAAGACAACCAUCUUCCCAAGAAAGGAGGAUGACCGUAGUGUGACUUGUGCCUCCAUUGUGGGCAACUUUCUGAUCUACGCUCACUCCAACGGUCGUUUGCAGUACUAUUCCCUGGUAGAUGGCCAGGAGGUCAAUGAGUACAAGCACUCGAACGGAAUUCGUAAGUGCUAUCCCAAUCAUGAGGGAACUCGGGUUGCCUUGAUUGACAACUCCGGCAACGCCUGGCUGUACAAUCCGGUCAACGAUGAUUGUAUUCCCAUUGCGGACUUCCCCAACACCGCUGAUCGAAUCCUGUGGGACAGUUCGGAUUCGACGGUCUUUGUUGCUUGCGACCAGCUUAAUUUGUACACGUUCGUCUACAGCCAAGUGGAGGCGGGGCGAAGGAUAGGGUGCAGUUUGGUUGUUCUCUGUCUGUUUCUGAGGGUCGAACAUCGAUUGCAAAGUGGGCAGUGA